CAUAAUAGAUUACAGUUUCCAGAAAUAGCUUUUAAUAUAAACUCAGCCAAGAUUGAAAAAAAAAAAGUAAAUACACACAUAACCUUUUACAAACGAAUGCAAGAACGAUCAAGAAGCAAGAAAGGAGUUUCGGAAGAACAAUCUUCCUUUCCUCUUUUUCUCUUCAAUAAGUUUGCAUUAUAAAGACGAGAAAACUCUGAGUUCUUGACUUCUUGAUCGCUCGAACAACCAUAAUCAUCAUCAUCAUCAUCUAGAGCCCCUAAACCGCUGCUGGCUUAAUCGUCUACGUCCAUGGGAGGAGGAUUUUUUGUAGCCGAUAGUGGCGGCCAUGGAGGAGAAUACGAAGAAGGCCGUGUAACAACUUUUGUCGUGGUUGCCUGCAUUGUUGCUGCAAUGGGCGGUCUCCUCUUCGGUUACGAUAUCGGUAUCUCAGGAGGAGUGACAUCAAUGGAGGAGUUUCUAACGAGAUUCUUCCCGGACAUGCUACGUCAAAUGCAAAACGAAACAGGGCACGAGACAGAGUACUGCAAAUACGACAACGAGCUUCUCACUCUCUUCACCUCCUCCCUCUACCUCGCUGCUCUAUUCGCUUCUUUCCUCGCUUCAACCGUAACAAGACUCUUCGGUCGGAAAGUCUCGAUGACCUUCGGAGGUCUCGCUUUUCUCUCAGGAGCUCUUCUCAACGGUUUCGCCGUCAGCCUCGAGAUGCUCAUCAUCGGGAGGCUGCUUCUCGGCGUAGGCGUCGGUUUCGUUAACCAAUCUGUUCCUCUCUACCUCUCCGAGAUGGCUCCUGCUAAGAUCAGAGGAGCUCUCAACAUGGCUUUCCAGCUAGCAAUCACCUUGGGGAUCUUAUCCGCCAACAUCGUCAACUACGUGACCCCGAGCCUCGAGAACGGCGUGGGAUGGAGAUUAUCUCUCGGCUUAGCCGCGGUUCCGGCCUCUGUUUUGCUCGUGGGGUCGUUGUUCUUGCCGGAGACGCCGAGCUCGAUCCUCGAACGUGGGAACAAAGAAGAGGCUAAGAAGAUGCUUCAGAAGAUCAGAGGAACCGUGGAGGUCGAGCAUGAGUUUACGGAUAUCUGUGCGGCGUGUGAGUCGGCCAAGAGUGUUCAGCAUCCCUGGACGAAUAUCGCGCAAGCUAAGUAUAGACCGCAGCUCGUGUUCUGCACCUUCAUCCCGUUCUUCCAGCAGCUAACCGGGAUCAACGUCAUCAUGUUCUACGCGCCGGUCUUGUUUAGGACCAUUGGUUUUGGGAAGGACGCCUCUCUUGUCUCCGCAGUCAUCACCGGUCUUGUGAAUGUCUUAUCCACCCUCGUCUCCAUCUACUCGGUCGAUAAAUUCGGUCGCAGAGCUCUGUUUCUUGCUGGUGGUAUCCAAAUGAUACUGACUCAGGUGGCAGUUGGUUCGAUAAUUGGUUGGAAAAUAGGACUAAACGGGGAAGGAUUAUUGUCCUCCCUCGAUACGCAGAUACUCUUGGGGUUGAUAUGUCUCUACGUGGCGGGUUUCGCGUGGUCGUGGGGACCGCUGGGAUGGUUAGUGCCGAGCGAGAUAUGUCCAUUGGAAAUAAGAUCGGCAGGACAAUCGUUGAACGUGUCCGUGAACAUGUUCUUCACUUUCCUCAUUGGACAGUUCUUCGUGACGAUGCUUUGCCACAUGAAGUUUGGUCUGUUCUACUUCUUCGCCGUCUUGGUCUUGAUCAUGACGAUCUUCAUUCACUUCUUGUUGCCAGAGACGAAAGGAGUUCCUAUUGAGGAGAUGGCGAGAGUGUGGAAGGACCAUAGGUUUUGGAGCAAGUAUACUCGUGUUGUUGAUGGUGGUGAUAAUGACGAAGAAGAUGAUGAAGUUUAUAUAUUUAGUGUAAAAGCUUCAAAAGAGUAAAAGUGUAUUAGGAUUUGAUUAAUUUUGUUCAGGAAAACGUUUGUCUAAGUCUUACAGAUUACUUCGACAGUAUGACAAAAUCUUAUCGUCUUUUCUUAGA